AUGGUUCGCAAGGCUGCAGAGAUCAAAAGACACACCGACCGCAACGAAUGGAAGUACCUCUUCUACGCGAUCAAAGCUGUCUACGGUCCGACUACCAAGGACAUUGCGCCUCUCCUUAGCGCCGACGGCAGUACCCUCCUCACUGACAAGUCACAAAUCCUACAGCGAUGGGUCGAGCACUUCCGAGGCGUCUACAAGGUCUACAGGCACGGCGGUCCCUAACUCAUGGAUCAUCUGACUUUGCUACUCCUGGAGGUGUUACGCCAUGGUGAAGUCCUGCAGGAUUUCAAGAACGUCACAGUCGUGCACCUAUACAGGCGAAAAGGAAACAAUCAACACUUCGACAAUCAUCAAGGCAUCUACUUGCUGAAUAUCACCGGGAAAAUCUUUGCUCGAAUCCUUCUUAACCGCCUGAAUAAUCACCUAGAACAGGGUCUUCUGCCGGAAAGCCAGUGCGGCUUCCACCGUCAUCGCGCUACCGUGGAUAUGAUAUUCGCCGCCCGUCAAAUUCAGGAGAAGUGCCAGGAGAUGCGGACCCACCUGUACUCUACCUGCAUGGAUCUAACGAAAGCCUUCAAUAGGGUAAAUCGUGAAGGAAUGUGGAAGAUCAUGCGGAAAUCCGACUGUUUCAAAAGAUUCAUUCAGAUAGUGCGUGAGCUCCAUGACGGAAUGAUGGCGCGCGUCCAGGACAACGGAACUGCUUCAGAGGCAUUUGAAGUGACCAACGGAGUGAAGUAGGGAUGCGUCCUAGUGUCCGCCCUUUCAGUCUUAUGUUCUCUGCCAUGCUGAUGGACGCCUACCGUGACGAACGUCCCGGAAUAUGCAUCGCCUACAGGACGGACGGCCACCUCCUCAAUAAACGGCGGAUGCACUUCCAAUCAAGCGUAUCCACAACCACACUUCACAAACUUCUCUUCGCCGACGACUGCGCACUCAACACCACCUCGGAAGAAGACAUGCAAAGGGACAUGCGCCUCUUCUCCGCCGCCUGCGGGAACUUCGGUCUGGUCAUCAACACGGAGAAGACAGUGGUCAUGCACCAACCGCCACCCAACACAGCCACCCCCUAA